AUGGAGGGCGUAAUGUCUCAGGACGAGCUUGUGAUCGCGUUGGACAUUGGCACAACGUACUCAAAGGUGGCAUUUGCCCGACAUUCAAAGGCUUCGCCGUCGACUUGCUCCUUUAAGCGAUCAUCCGAUACAAAUACAUGCGGGACAUCCGAUGUGGUCCCCACAGUCCUGUUCUACAACAAUCAGAACACACCUGUGGGCUGGGGUUUUGAUGAGGUUGUUGGAGCGACAGAACUUCGCUUCUUCAAGUACUCCAUGCUUUAUGAGGAUGACUGGCACCCUGACGCAAGCAGUUGGUCUGUACUUAUAGACUCUGUGAAGGCUAGGAAGCAACUCCGGAUGAAGACAGUUGAUGUCUUGGUCGAUUACAUCAACAAACUUUGGAGUGUGUGCGAGGUUCAAGUCAGACGUACUACAGGAUAUGUAUACGACGAGUGUGCUCUGAAAGUGAUCAUGACCUUUCCGAAGGGCUGGCCACAAGAUCAGUUCCAACGGGCCUUCGAUAAAUCUGUUCUCUCAAGCCUCGCGAGUAACCCAACCUUGAUACUACUCACUGAGGCCGAAGCCGCCAUGGCCGCCAUCCUGAGUGCUUAUGGCCGUUCCAAGACCUGCGGUGUUGAUAUUCAGGUUGAUGACCAAAUCAUGGUGGCAGACUUAGGUGGUCUUACCGCCGAUAUGGUCGGUGGCGUUAUCACUUCUAAAGAUGCCACACUCGAGUUUAAGCCGAUCACAGAAUCUGAGAGCGUAUUCUGUGGGGCCACUUUCGCGACUGACAGUUUUGUCAAGCUACUAGAGGACAAGGCCAAAAUGUUUCUUAGCGACACAGCUACGUUGGACUCUAAGUUCUGGAAAGACGCAGUACGAGGCUGGGAGAAGGAAAUUAUGCCUCUAUUUGUUCCUCAAAGCCAGAUAACAUGGGACUUUCGCCUGCCACCAGCUGCAAUUCAGGCUAUGACCCCAAGAGCCUUCCAGACAUACCCUCUGUGGGUUGAAAAAAGAGCGCUCCAGCUCUACAGCCAGGAGGUUUCUUCCAUACUUGACUCUGCGGUUAAGAAAAUCGUUGACAAGGUUCAUGCGCAUAUCGAGAAAGUGCGCAGUCGAACGGGAAAAAACCCUAAGGGAGAAUACAUGGUGGACGGACUGAUGAAGCGCAUCGCGCUGCCGUGGGGGUUGAUUGAGUCCACCUACACCAAGGCCAAUAAUGAUGGCACCAUCCGUUUGAACAUAUGCCGCAUCGCCGACUUAGUGCAAGUCAUCCGGAUUCUUAAGUGGCGGCCCACACGCCGGGUAACACGCAACGAUACCGUAGCUUUGGAAAUGUGCUUGAGGGAUGGCGGGAACCGCGCCGAAUGGGCCUUCUGGCACAACGGAGUACGACAGUCAGGUGCCGCCUUCGUCGAGGAGGAGGAAGUCGGCACCUCCUAG